AUGGAUGCAAAAGAAGCUGAAGCAGAGUUACAAGGUCAAGCUGAUAUAUGGAAAUAUAUGUUGAGCUUUGCAGACUCCAUGGCAGUGAAAUGUGCUGUGGAACUCCGCAUAGCUGACAUUAUAAACUUGCAUGGUGGCCCAAUGACCUUGUCCCAGAUAGUAGCUCGUAUUCCUAAUACUGAUGAUGCACUCUCCCUAAAUAUCAGCUACCUCACACGUAUCAUGAGGUUGCUAGUCCGCAGAAAGAUCUUCUCCGCACAUCAAACAUCCGAAGGUGAUGAAGAAACUCUGUACGGCCUAACCCAUUCAUCGAAAUGGUUAUUGCAUGAUUCCAAGAUGAGCCUAGCACCUAUGGUACUCUUGGAGGCCCAUCCUUGGCUAGUGGGUCCAUGGCACACUCUUAGCCAAUGUGUCAAAGACGGUGGCUUAGCCUUUGAGAAGGCUAAUGGCCGUGAGAUUUGGGACUUUGCUUCUGAAAAUCCUGGAUUCAACAAGUUGUUCAAUGAUGGCAUGGCUUGUACGGCCAGGAUUACUAUGAAUGCUAUUCUUUGUGAGUAUAAAGAUGGGUUUGGUUCUGUGCGGUCAUUGGUUGAUGUUGGAGGUGGGACCGGUAGUGGGCUAGCUGAGAUUGUGAAAUCCUAUCCUCACAUCAAAGGUAUCAACUUUGAUCUACCACACGUUGUUGCUACGGCACCCAUUUAUGAUGGAAUCACACAUGUUGGAGGUGACAUGUUUCAAGCCAUUCCCAAUACUGAUGCAGUUUUCAUGAAGUGGAUUAUGCAUGAUUGGAGCGAUGAAAGUUGUGUCAAGAUUUUAAAAAAUUGCCGAAAAGCAAUAUUGGAAGAGACUGGAAAAGUUAUUAUUGUAGAUGUUGUGCUAGAACCAGAGGGUAAUGAUCUAUUUGAUGACACAGGCUUAGUAUUUGAUUUGGUUAUGAUUGCACACACUAGUGGCAAGGAAAGGACUGAACUCGAGUGGAAGAAAGUAUUGGAAGGAGCAGGCUUUCCUCGCUACAAUAUCAUCAAAAUUCCAGCUUUACAAUCUAUUAUUGAGGCGUACCCUAAGUGA